CAUUUGGACCGGGGUGGGGGGAGAGAGGAGGCGGAGGUUGCAUUUGCAAACGGAGCUUUUGACCUUCAGCCGCCGGCUCCUUCCUUCCUUCCCCGGCGCAUCCCCGACGCCUCGGCAUUGCAAACCCCUGAAGCAGUUUUUUUUCCUCCUCCUUCGCCUGCUGUCGUGUUUGCAAAUCGCUGCUUUUCCUUAGGCCGGGGGAGGCGCGCAAGGCAGAGGGCAACCAGUUCCUCGCCUCCCCCCCUCCGGAAGGGAUUUUUUUUUCCUUCUCUUUUUUUCUGCAAGAGGAUUUUGGCUUUGGAGAGGCUCCGUUUCUUCUUCUUCCAGUCUUCUGCUCGUUGCAAUGGGAAAGCAGCGACGCCCCGGGAGGGCAGCGAGGAGCCAGGAGCGCUGAGAAGCCCACGAGCCGCGUUGGGGAAGAGGAGGAGGAAGGAAGGAAGGAAGGAAAGGGGGGGCGCGCGCUUGUGUGUGUGUUUUUCCUCCUUUUUUUGGAAGGAGCCUGGGAAAAGGAGGAGGGGGCGGCGUGGGGGAAAGCCCUCCGGCUCGCCGGGCUCUCCAUUCAUUUCGGCAUUCCGCAUUUUGCGUCUCUCCGAGGGGCGACAAGAAAGGGGGCGGCGAGGAGUCGGAGGAAAAGCCCUGCAAGGAAGGCGCCUUCGGAUCCCUUGAGCACGCCGCGCGCCCAGAAAGGAAUAUUAAAAGGCAAAAAAACCCCCCCUGAGAAGCCGGAGGUCUGCUCGGUGGAAAACAAAAAAAUCGGAGGGGAGGAAAUACAUUUUUUUGCAUUUCAAAUUUUGCAAAAAAAAUUUUUUGGGGGGAGGGGGGGUUGCAUCCGAGGGGUGUUUCUCUCCACCCCCCCUUCCCUCCCGCACUUCGGGUCUUGCCAUCGGUGGAUCUACGUGAAUUCAACAGCGUCUUUGGCGCUGUGUUUUUGUUUGGGAGGGGAGGAGGAGGGGGGGCGGCAGGCGAAAAGAAAAGAUGGAGGUUGAAGAUGCGGACUGUUUGUUCCAACGUGCUCCGGGCUGGCCGCUUCGGGAGACCCGCAGGCGACGCUGAAGACCAGAGCCGCCCCGGCGACCUUCCUCUCGCCUCCGCGUUAGCCCUCCUCGGAGGAGGCGGCUGAGCCAAGGAGGGGAAAAUAAGAGAGGGGGGGGAGAAAGAGGCUGUUAUUUUGCAAGCACCAAAACAAGGCUCGGGCACCCCCCCUCCCCCCCUUCGGCGCAUCCAGAGAGAGGGGGGGACAGGAAAAUUGGAAAAACAACCUCCUCCCAGAGAAUCGUCCCCUCUUCCUCUCUUUCUUUUUCGAGAGGGGGGGUCACUCUCGUUUCCCCCUCCCCUUAAAUUGUUGCUUUCCCCCCUCCCCUCCGGGGAGGGGAAGAAGAUCGGCCAAGCUUUCCCGGAUUUAUUUAUUUGUUGUUGUUUUUGUUGAAAUAAAUAAAAAAAAAGAGGCAAUUUUGGGCCGGAUUUCACACAAAAAACGAGGAAUGAAGGCUGGCGUUCCAGGGAGGUCCUUAUUCGGGGGACUUCUGAUUGUUUUAGCCGCGACCUGCUUGUGGCCAGCAAAUGGGAAGAUUUGUGGGCCAAACAUGGAUAUUCGGAACAGCAUGCAGGAACUGAAGCAGUUGGAAGACUGCACGGUCAUCGAAGGGUUUCUCCGGAUUCUGUUGAUCCCCCAGGUCGAGGACUUCAACUCCUACCGGUUCCCCAAACUCACCGUCAUCACAGACUACCUACUGCUGUUCCGUGUGGCGGGUCUGGAGACCCUCAGCGACCUCUUCCCCAACCUCACGGUCAUCCGCGGCAAAAACCUUUUCUACAAUUAUGCCCUGGUCAUCUUUGAGAUGACCAACCUCAAAGACAUUGGGCUGUACAACUUGAGGAACAUCACACGGGGGGCUAUCCGGAUCGAGAAGAACUCCGACUUGUGUUACCUCUCCACUGUGGACUGGUCUCUCAUCCUGGAUGCGGCGUCCAACAACUACAUCGUGGGGAAUAAAUCGCCAAAGGAAUGUGGGGAUCUCUGUCCGGGCACGGCUGAGGGGAAUUCACGGUGUAAGACGACCUACAUUAACGAUGAACACAGUCCCCGGUGCUGGACUUCCAACCACUGCCAGAAAAUAUGUCCCAACUCUUGUGGCAAACACGCGUGCACGGACCAGAAUGAAUGUUGUCACCCGGAAUGCUUGGGUAGCUGCACGGCACCAAACAACAACACCGCCUGCGUGGCCUGCCGCAACUACUAUCACGACGGGGCCUGCGUCCCCACCUGCCCGCCCAACACCUACAAGUUUGAGGGCUGGCGCUGCAUCACCAGGGAGACCUGCAAAGAGCUGUCUACGGCGGUGCCGGAAGACGAGAAGUUUGUGAUUCAUGACAACGAGUGCGUGCCGGAGUGCCCUCCCGGAUUCAUGCUUAAUGACUCCCAGAGCAUGUUCUGCAGCCCGUGUGAAGGCCCGUGCCCCAAAGAGUGUGUGGGUGACAAGACUCUGACCAUCGACUCCGUCACGGCGGCACAGAUGCUUCAAGGGUGCACAGUGAUCAAUGGGAACCUCCUCAUCAACAUCCGCCGUGGGAACAACAUCGCCGCAGAACUGGAGAAUUUUAUGGGCUUGAUUGAAACAGUGACGGGUUAUGUGAAGAUCCGGCAUUCGCAUGCGUUGGUGUCACUGUCUUUCUUGAAAAAUCUGCGGUAUAUUAACGGAGAGGAGCAACUGGACGGGAAUUACUCAUUUUAUGUGUUGGACAACCAAAAUCUACAGCAACUGUGGGACUGGAGUCAUCACAAUCUGACUAUCCGUGAGGGGAAGAUGUACUUCGCUUUUAACCCCCGACUUUGCACGACUGAGAUUCAUCGAAUGGAGGAUGUGACGGGGACGAAAGGCCGGCAGGGCAAAGGGGAUAUAAACUCGAGGAACAACGGGGAGAGAGCCUCCUGCGAAAGCCAGAUUCUGCAUUUUGUCUCCAACACCACCGUGAAGAAUCGGAUCAAGCUCACGUGGGAAUACUACCGCCCCAAAGACUACCGAGAUCUUAUUAGCUUCACCGUUUAUUACAAAGAAGCACCCUUCAAGAACGUGACCGAGUACGAUGGGCAGGACGCUUGCGGCUCCAACAGCUGGAACAUGGUCGACGUCGAUCUGCCCGCGGGGAAAGAUGAGAAUCCUGGGAUUUUACUGCAGGCGCUAAAGCCGUGGACUCAGUACGCCAUUUAUGUCAAGGCGGUGACGCUGACCAUGAUGGAAAACAACCCGGCUCAGGGCGCGAAGAGUGAGAUUGUCUACAUCCGCACCAAAGCUGCAGUGCCAUCCAUCCCUCUCGACGUGGGCUCGAUGUCCAAUUCCUCCUCAGAGCUGGUGGUGAAGUGGAGGCCCCCCACCCUGCCCAACGGCAACCUCUCCUACUAUAUCAUCCGCUGGCAGCAGCAGCCGCAGGAUAGCUACCUGUACGAGCACAACUACUGCGCCAACGGUAAAGUCCCCAUUCGGAGACAUUCCGACGGGACGUUCGACACCGAGGAAGCCACCGAGCCAACCAAGCCGCAGGGUUCCGAGGGGGAGAAAAGCCAUUGUUGCGCCUGCCCGAAGACGGAGGCGGACAAGCAAGCGGAGAAGGAGGAGGCGGAGUACCGCAAAGUCUUUGAGAACUACCUCCACAACGCCAUCUUUCUGCCCAGGCACGACCGGAAGCGAAGGGACUUGUUUAGAGUCGCAAACUCAACUCUGGGCGCCAAGGGCAAGAAUGUGACGGUCCCAGAACGCUUUGCCAACACGUCAGAUGUGGAAGAGGGCGACAUUGAGUACCCCUUCUUUGAAACCAAGGUGGAGGGCAGGGAACUGACCGUCAUCUCCCACUUGCUUCCGUUCACGGUCUACCGCAUUGACAUCCACAGCUGCAACCACGAAGCUCUGACCUUGGGCUGCAGCGCUGCAAAUUUUGUCUCAGCCAGAACCAUGCCAGAAGCCGGAGCCGACGACAUUCCAGGACCAGUAACGUGGGAAGCGAAGGAAGAAAACGUGAUUUAUUUGAAGUGGCCAGAACCUCCGAACCCCAAUGGGUUGAUCCUCACGUACGAAAUCAAAUACGGGCCAGUCGGAGGAGAGGAGAAAGGGGAAUGUAUUUCCAGGCAGGAGUAUAAGAAGCACGGGGGAGCCAAACUGAUGCAUUUAAGUCCUGGAAAUUAUUCCGUUCGAGUCCAAGCGACUUCUCUUUCGGGGAAUGGAUCCUGGACUGAACCCAUCUCUUUCUACGUCCAGCCCAAGCCCCCAGACUAUGGGAAUUUCCUGCAUCUCAUCAUCGUCCUCCCCAUUGCUGUCCUGCUCGUCAUUGGGGGCGUGCUGAUAAUGCUUUACGUCUGCAACAAAAAGAGGAACAGUGACAGGCUGGGAAAUGGAGUGCUGUAUGCAUCUGUGAACCCGGAAUAUUUCAGUGCUUCAGAUGUUUAUGUACCGGACGAGUGGGAAGUGCCCCGGGAGAAGAUCACCAUGUGCCGAGAGCUGGGGCAGGGCUCCUUCGGGAUGGUGUAUGAGGGAAUCGCGAAGGGCGUGGUUAAAGAUGAGCUGGAGACCCGGGUUGCCAUUAAGACUGUCAACGAGUCGGCGAGCAUGCGCGAACGGAUUGAGUUUCUGAACGAGGCCUCCGUGAUGAAGGAGUUCAAUUGUCACCAUGUGGUGCGACUUCUCGGAGUCGUCUCUCAAGGACAGCCCACGUUGGUCAUCAUGGAACUCAUGACCCGGGGAGAUCUGAAGAGUUAUCUGCGGUCUCUUCGACCAGACACAGAGAACAACCCAGCACAGACCCUUCCGGCCCUGAAGAAGAUGAUCCAGAUGGCGGGCGAGAUUGCAGAUGGCAUGGCCUAUCUGAAUGCCAACAAGUUUGUCCACAGAGAUCUGGCUGCAAGGAACUGUAUGGUUGCAGAAGACUUUACUGUGAAAAUCGGAGAUUUUGGCAUGACGAGAGACAUCUAUGAAACUGAUUACUAUCGGAAAGGAGGGAAAGGCCUGCUGCCCGUCCGCUGGAUGUCUCCGGAAUCGCUUAAGGACGGCGUGUUCACCACGCAUUCGGAUGUCUGGUCUUUUGGCGUCGUCCUGUGGGAAAUAGCCACUCUAGCGGAGCAGCCGUACCAAGGCAUGUCCAACGAGCAAGUUCUUCGCUUUGUGAUGGAGGGCGGACUUCUGGAGAAACCGGACAACUGCCCCGAUAUGCUUUUUGAGCUGAUGCGUAUGUGCUGGCAAUACAAUCCCAAGAUGAGACCCUCCUUCUUGGAAAUCAUCGGAAGCAUCAAGGACGAGCUUGACCCAGCCUUCAAAGAGGUCUCCUUCUUCUACAGUGACGAGAACAAACCCCCCGACACAGAAGAGCUUGACUUGGAGACGGAGAACAUGGAGAGCAUUCCUUUAGACCCCUCCUCGACCCUCCAACCUUCUGACAAACACUCAGGACACAAAGCAGAGAACGGCCCAGGCGUGGUGGUCUUAAGGGCCAGCUUUGAGGAGAGGCAGCCGUACGCGCACAUGAACGGGGGACGCAAGAACGAGCGAGCUGUGCCUUUGCCCCAGUCUUCGGCCUGCUGACCUUUAGAUCCAGGUUUUUGCAAACAAGUUACAUGCGCGUGCAUUUGGGGGGGGGGGGAGAACAGAAAGCAAACAAGAAAAAAAUAACAAUAUAUUCAAAAGCCUACUGUACCUCAGUGGAUCUUCAGAACCGUCAUAGCUGCACACAGGAGACUCCUCUCUUCGUUUAGAAGUUGAAAUAACAUUUUUUUUUCAAUAUGCAAGCAGAAGAUUGUUUCAGAAAAAGAAACUGUAUGUGGGGCGCACGGUCAGCCUUCGAAAACUCUUAACGUUUAACACUUAAUAGCACCACAAAACUUGAGAAUCUGACGUGUGUCUCCCUUUUUUUCCCCUCUCCUCUUUCUCUCUGCUUCAUAAUGGGAAACAUAUCUGCGUGAAGUUCAACUGUAUAGCACUUUUUUAUCACAUCAAAAGAAAAUCGCAGGCCAGCUGGCUUUCCGUUUACCCCUUGCGAGUACCUGCCUAAUACUGUAGGUUGUUAAAACAAAAACAAAACAGGAUUUAAAGGAAAAAAAGGACUGGAUUUUUAAUAUUAUUCCUUAAUCUUUUUAGGCUCACAUAAAAGAAUAAAGAAGGGCCAUUGUUUGUCCAAGCUGUUAACAGUUUUCGGCGCUGCCAAAUUUUGCCAAAAAAAGAGAACUUUUUCUUUUAGGUUUAUUUUUUUUCCAUAGGCAUAGAAGGGGCAAAGUAAUCAGAGGCUCCAGUUAAAUGAAAUACUGACCAGUACACUCGAUUCAAUCAUACACUGGCAUUCUUUUUGUGGGGGGGUGGGGAGUUCAAAUUCUCUGGAUACUUUUUCCAGCAGGACAAAACCUGAUUAUUAUUUUUUCCUUCACGCAAUUGAGACCGUAAGGGGUUGUUGAGGUUUAAAUAAAAUACACCCCCCCCUUUAGUUGAAUUCUGGACAAAACUGGCGUUGGUAAGCCAAAUUGGAGGAGGAAGGGGGGGGGGGAAGAUAUCUCUUGUGCAGCACUUCAGCAGCACUUCAAAAAGGAAAUAAAGGCAGAAAAAAACCAGACGGGAUUUUCAUGCGCUGUUCCUGCUGUCCUUGGUAGGCUUGCGGAAAAAACAAACAACUAAGAGAAACACACACAUUGGAGGAGAACACCUAAUUAAAUGGAUUCAAGCAUCUAACACUUUGUCAACCUUUUUCUCUCUGUUAUUAAGACUUCAAAAAGGUCUUGCAGUUCUAUGUUAGACCAUGGAUCAUUUGCAUACACAUUCGUCUUUUUGUGUCACUUUUAUAACUUUUUUACAGUUCAGAUACUCAUCUAUAUGUCUGUACAGAAAAAAAGCUGCUAUUUUUUGUUUAUCUUUGUGGAUUUAAUCUAUGAAAAAAAAAUCUUCAGGUCUACCCUUUCUCCCUUUCCCUUGCCACCCCCGUAUCCCAUCCACCCCAGUUCCCAGAAAAUUUCUUAUGCUUUGUACUUUAAUGUGUAAUUUCUGGGGGGGGGGGUUGUUUGCCUGUCCUUGCUUUCCCAACCUGAAACAUGAUUUGUCAUGAACUGUUCAAUGCCUUCUAUAAAUGAUUUCUGCUUUUAUUUCUCUCUCUCCCUUUCUGCUAGUUGUUUGAACAAGGCUGUUUAGGGUUAAAGCACUCUCUAUGUGGGGUGGGGGUAGGGAGUCAGCUGCUGGUUAGACUCUUGGUGUAUCCUGGCCGAGGCUGUCUCCUCCCUGUGACCCAUGGUAUUCUCAUUUUCCUCACCACCCUUUGCCCAUACAGCACCCAAGUCUGUUACAGUGCAAGGUAUGAUGCAAACUCAGGUCAGGGGGGGAAGAAAGGUUAAUUCUUUCUAGUAUUCAUUGUUCAUAUUAAUUGAUGUAUAGCCCCGCCCCGGCUCCCGCUUUGUAUUUAGGUUGUGUUUCAAACAACCGCACACAGAAACCUACAUGCAUAUGUAUCAAUUGUUGGGGUUUAACAGCUUUUGAGCCGCAGAUAUCUGGCUUGGGGGUCAUCGUUAUUAUUGCUAUUAUUAUUAUUAAUUUUGAAAUGAAACCUUUUUUAACGCUUCCAUCCCAUCAAUGCCAUGUAGUUCUCAGCCAACAGUAACAAGGUUGGGGGAAAGUUUCUGAAAGAAGGCCGUGGCCGAUAGAGCUAAACAAAUUAUAUGAGAAUUUGCUGGAAGGCUUUGCUUUUGCCGAAAGUGACCGGUGGUUAAAAAUGGCAGCUGGCUGUACAUGCAACCGAACUGUUCAGUUGUGGCAGCUGCAGAUAUCUGCACAAGCUCCCACUUGGCAGUUCAGACCAAACUCCUGAAACAAAAUUAACGGGAGCUCUUGAAUUGAGUUGCAUAUGUCUUUAGUAGAGAAGAUUAAGGUUCCUGGUGGUGAGAAAUCAAGGGAACCUUCAUAUUAACUUCAACAGCAAAGAGGCGGUUAAUCCAACUACAGUCUUUCAGCAAAAAGAAGGGUUGUCCUGGGAUGGAAAUGUUGAAUUGUUCUGUGUUCAUUCUCUCUCUCGCGUGCUCUCUUUGGUUUUGCUUAAGAACAAAGAAUUUAAAAAAAAUAUAAUUGCUAGAUGUGACUGGAGAUAAGAUAUGUUUGUAGUGCUUUUUUUUUUUUGCUUGUAUAGCUUCAGUCCCAACAUCUUUUUGCCUCUGUCCUUUAGUUAAUAUUUUCCCUUUUAAAAAGAAAAAAAAAAGAAAAAAAGAAAAGGUAUUCUAUGUAGGAUUUUUCUUUUUAAUUUAUUUUUGUGUUAUCAGUUUAAAUCACUGUAGAGAUGCCCCAUGAUAAAUUUAAAUACUGAGAUAAGGGUUUUUUGAGUUACGACAGGGGGACAGUUUUUUUAAAAAAAAUUCAGACAUUUAUCUACCUCACUUAUUUUUUUUUUUGCGUGUAUAUAUAAAAAUAUACAUCUCACAUUUCUCAGCAGCCGACAAUAUACUGUUGAUACUGGUAACCUCAUUCAUUGUACAAACCACAUCCUCCAGGUUUUGGAGAAGAGGUCACAUCUGAAUCAAAAAGAUCACUUGAACAAAGUUAGUAGUUGCUGCUUUUAAAACAGUCAAAACCGAGCACUUUCAUGGUGUGUUGAGGGUUGACAACAAUUGUUUCAGUGGGUCAUUUGAACUAAAAAAACCAAUAGCUGCUUUUUAAAAUAGUUCUCAUGAAAAGAAUGGAUUGGCGACCACCCUGGAAGACUGUUCUGGUGCACUCUAGAGGAAUGCACAACGCAGAUCUUUACAACUUUACACAGUCAGGUCAUCUGACCUAUGAAUUAGUGGCUCUCUCUAGGGUUUAAAAUGAGUAAUUUGGUAAUGCAUUAUUCAAGUAUCCCAGCCCUACACAAAUUUUGAAUGGUUGCAUUUCUAAAUAUGGAGGAGAGGACAAUGCUUAUGUCAUCAAGUACCACAAGCACUGAAAAGAAGAGUGUUUGAACAAUUCAGUACCUAAAAAUGAUUUGGUUCUUUGGCCCAAUCAAAAAAAUUGAUGUCACCAAACCAAGAAUCCGUUUGCUUUAUAUCUUCUUUGAUAGCCACUUCUGUAUACCCACUUUGAAGAUGAUGUAUUAUAUCCUCUCCUCCCCUCGCAGUUGUCACUGCAAGAAUUCCUUGUGGGUAUCUGAAUAAUGCUUGAUUUGUUUGAGAUGUGCAAGGCCUUUCAAAUGCAUCUCUGUGGUUACAUUUGUCCCUUUGAGAGAGCAUGGCUGUCCACUUCCGGGGGCGGGGAGUGGAGAGAUGAAGCAUCCUUAUGUUUCCCCUUGUUUUAAUUUCAUUGAUCAGAAACUUUCCUGCCUGGUGAUCAUUUUGCCGUUUCAGCGGUGGCCUCUCCUCUCUUGCACAUAUUCAUCUCCACAAUCCGUGGGGAUCCUCAGAUCUUUCAGCUGGCUAAGAGGGUUUUUGUUAAAACUGUCCGAGUUAUUUUUUUAAUUGUAUGUAGGUGGUUUUGAAAAUAUUAGGAGAGAACACUAAUAUUGUAGUGCCCAUCUUAAUAUGCGUUUCAGAAGCAUUCAAGUAUAAAGGCAGUCAUGUGACUAAACAAAUGGGUGCAUGUGAUUACAGCAGCCCGUCUGGACCAAACCACCUCAACUCUACCAUUGUGUUCUGCACUCGCGCAACAUCUGAACUAAUUCCAUUUUGGUUUCCACAGCUCUUUCUCUACUGGUAUUAUGGUGGGGGCGGGGGUGUCCCAGAUCACUUUACCUACCUGGUAUUUCUCAUACAGUCCUUUUUACUGAAGUAAAUGUUAUUUAUGCAUGUCAAACAUUAGUGACUUUAAUGUUGGCUUAGUAAAGGGCACAAGACUUUGCCCUUUUCUGCAAGGCCAUUGUCUGGCAUGGGCUGGAGAGGUUUGAUAUGAGUUUGAAUUACAACUGUAAAAAUUCAGUUCAUAUGCCUAAUGGUAAGCUUAGAAGACCUACCAAGAUGUGACUAACCAAUGGAGACAUGUAUUGACUUGGAGGAAGACAGAAAGAUUAAUUAUUUGGGCAAGCAUGUAACCUUUAGUCAUGUUGAAGAGUUUUGCUGGAUCCAAACAAGGGCCCAUCUAAUCCGGCAUUCCAUUUCCCACCAUAGCAGCCAUUGUUUUUUAAGAAGCCCACCUGUGGCAUGAAAGCAGCCAUCCUCCUCCAUUUGUCCCCUUGCAAUUUAGCAGUAAAUGGUCCGCAAACAUGCAGCCUCCAUUUAGCAAUCAUGGAGAUAGACAUGCCCUCCAGGUGUCUACUCUCCUCUCAAAGCUGUCUGAGCUUGUGGCCAUCACUGUACCUUGUGGCAGGAAGUUCCAUACAUUAUGAGUGAAGAAAUUCUUUUUGGCCUGAAUCUACUAAUCAGUUCAAUUGGAUGAAUCCUAGUUCUCCUAAAUAUGAAAGAGAGAGAACAUUAUACCGUAUGCAGUUUUUAAAAUAACCUUGCACCGUGUUUGCUAUUUGUGGCCUGUUGGCCAUCAUGUUGCUUGUUCACCGAGUUUAAAGACAGAAAUCCCUUCAGUCUUCACCAUUCUUGAUAUAAUUGGGUGUCGUCCACAAACUUGGCUACCUCACUGCCCACCCCUGAAUCCAAAUCAUUUUAUGAAUAAGUUAAUAAUGUGAUUUACUUGGGAGAGAUGUUUGGCCAGGGCUCGUAAUUCCCCAGAUAGCCCCUCUCCAAAACACUUUUCGAAGUUUGGUUGGCUACCUUCCAAUUCUCCAGUAAGGAGGCUGAUUCUUAUUGACAAAGGUCAUAUUUUUAUUAAGAUCAAUAGUUUUCAUAUUUAAUAACCUUGUAUGCCGUCCAGACACGGUAACUUGCUAUUUCCUCCCCUUAAAUUUAUCAAUAUGCCCUAGAAGAAUUUCAUCUCGUGUUCUUUGACUUAGUUGUUGAGAAACCUUCGUCACAAAUAAGCGAUUCAGGUGCAUCUGUCAUUGUGAGGUUCUUUUCAGUGGUGUGCAGAAGGUGGUUUGGUUUCAGAGGAAGGAGGCUGGAUAAAGACAGAAGUGUUGCAUGUGUAGUUCAGCUUGUUUUGACAGUGGCUAGGCACAAAAGCAGAAUGUAAGCCAGGCUGGCUUCUAGUUAAGCGUUGGCCUUUCCUCAACACUUCUGCCUCUUGAGAGUGUUUUCAAAUGAAGUUGGAGAGCACUGAUGGCUGUUCUUGGUGCACAAGCUGUUUGCCCAGGACUGAGCACCAGACGGAACUGCUGUUGAGAUCCUCUGGAGACAGCCGAGGGUUGUUUAGCACAAUCCGUGUCUGAAUGAAUGACACUCCGAGUUGUUGGUAUAAUAAUUUUCUAUAUAGUUAUAUUAAAACUUUCCAUUCCAAUAGUCAGUAACACUUUCUUGUUGCUCUUUGAUUUUGUUUGUCAGCAAUGAACUUAAAACACUGGGGCUACAUAACAAAUUGCGGGAGCCACAGGCGAUCCACUCCUUUUCGACUAGUGAUGAACUCCAGAUACUGCAACUCAAACUCUUUUUUUUUUAAAUUAUUUUUAAAAAAAUGUCGGGUAAACUGAAUUGACAAAAGAGUCCAUUAAUAUCAGUUGACUUUUGUGUGUGUGUGUAUGUGUGCUGGUGGUGCUGAAGAUACAGAACCCCUGGGUGAUAGUCAAGAAGGUUUUGGACAGAGUCUCAGGUUGGACAUCUGGUUGGUUCUGAGUUGAGGAGCUUAACAUUUCUUUUCAUUGACUUUGAGAACCAUAAUGAGGGCUGUCUAAAACUGCAGGGAGAAUCCAAUGCAAGUCUGUGUGUGAAAACAGACGUGUGGCAGAAAUACUGAUCUUAUGGAGACAAAGAGAGUUUGACUGAACUUCCAAGUAGUUGCGCAGACACGAAUACAUCUAUGCCCAGAAUUGACACAUUUUGUUUGGAACGUACAGAAAUGAGAGUUCUCCCUUCAGUGUCUUUGCUGGAGAACGAAGUACAACCAUUGCUCAUUGUGACACAUUUACCCUGAUUCGGAGCCCCAUGUGAAUGUGGAGCUCCUGUAUACGUGGAGUUCUCUAUUUACUUUGUUAGAAGGCAGUUCCAUUCUAUGGUGCUGUGCUCUCCCUUGAUAAAAAUGGAAGAAGCUCUUGGUGAGAUGGAGGAGUUGUUCUUUGUAUGCAUCGGGACUGCUGGAUUGGGCAGCUAAGAAGAACUUGAAGUUGUGCCAGUUCCAGAUGGCUUUCAUUAUAUGUACUGCAUGUGGAGUGUGUGUAUGGAAAGGUGUGUGGUUGUCAUCUUUUUAUUUUGUAUCCUUUGUUGACUAGCAAUCCAUUAGCAUUUUCAAUGGGGCUCUUAAAGUCCAGUAGAUUACGGGUAGUCAGUUGACAAAGAUUGGGUUUACAAAACAAACAAAAAACCCUAAUUACAUAUUUCAUUGCAUUUUGUAAGUACAUAGAAUAAUUUUUUUUAUAAAAAAAAGUUUGUAGUUUAUAAAUGCCUACAGCUAAUUUAAAGGGCACUUUUCAGUGUGGAUGUGUGUAUAUGUGCGUCUGAGUAGGUAUGCGAGUGUUUUUUGGUUGAUUUUUUUUUUUAAGGAUACCGGUUUUACUAGUUAGCUUUACAAUAUGCCAAAAAAUGGAUCCUGUACCAACUCAAGGUCAUGGCUCAUUCCUUGCCCAAGCUUUGUGUCCCAGUACAGAGUAAACCCAGAAUAUGUUCUGUAUCUUCAGUAGCCUGGUCUUCCAGAACCCUCUGAAUGGGUGAGAUCAUUUCUAAUUGGUCAUUUCACUUUUACUGUACGAGUGCAGUUAAAUUUAAUAGGUUGGGGGGAAACCUCAUUGGUUAAGGAAACAGAAUUAAGUAUUGCUGCUAAGCAGUUCUUAGCUAUGAUCCUAAACACAGUUCCUUAGAAGUAAAUUCCACUGAAAUUAAAGUAACUUACUUCUGAGUAAGUGUGCUUGGGAUAAUGUUUGCAUUAUUUAAGUACAUGCUUUAUUGUUGUUGCUUAGGUUGAUUGAAGGAUUUGACUGCAUAGUAUGUAGAUGGCAUGGUGAAAGACAAUUUUCAAAAGUUUUCACUGAAUGAAAGACAACUGUUUACAGGUUCCUCAUCACUUUAUUCUAAUAAACAAAAGUGGUUUUGUAUGCAGCCUAUACAAUUUAUGUAGAUUAUUUAGCAACAUUAAAGCUUUGUUUAAAUGACCAUCACAAUGUCCCCUAUUUAUUAUAAUUAUUUAAACAAGAAUACCGAAGAUCCUAUUUCUUUUCCCCAAAAUAACAUGUUCUUUCCCCUUCUUACCUGAAGGAUUCUGGAUAGUUUUGUUGCCUUUUUCAGAAUCAUUUUUUUUAUUUUUCUGUUUUCUAAACCAGUGAGGUUUGAGAAGAAAGGACUGGCCAGAGAUCUUCUACCUCUGGGACAAAAAAAAAAAAAGUAAAAACAAACAAAAAAUCAAACUAGAAAGUGCUAUGGAACUGAAUGCAUUUGCAAACACAUUUUCCAAGUUACCUUGUUUAAAAUAUAAAGUUUUUUUUAAAAAAAAUAAAAAAUAAAACGGUAAUAACAUGGCCAAUUUAUUACAUAAAGACUUGCUGUGUAUAAAUUAUUCCUAAAGAAAUUCCUGUGUUUAUAUUAAAAUGAAUCAGUAGAUGAAAAAAAAAUUCAAAAUGUUUUUGUAUAUUCUGUUGUAAGAAUUUAUUCCUGUUGCGAUAUACUCUGGAUUCUUUACAUUAUGAAAAAAAGAAACCUUUGUCUAUUUUGAAUGGCUGAAGCUAAAAGGCUCCUUUAGUUUCUCUUACUCUGCUUUUUUCUAGUAGUUACAGUACUACAUGAUUAAGUUAAAUAAAAAGGAUUCUGUAUGCAA